AUGCAAAGGUUAAUAAAUAGUAGUUACAUUGUGCAGGAGGUUGAUAUUUCUAAUUGCUUGCAUUCUCCGAACCCCAAACAGUUCGGCGGAAAGUCGCCAGUCGCGGCCAUGAAGGGAACCCUCGGCCACCACCUCGCCCGGCGCCUGGUCCAGCUGGGCGUCCAGGACGUCUUCUCCGUUCCGGGCGACUCCAACCUCAGCCUCCUCGACUCCAUCGUUGCUGAGCCCGGCCUCCGCCUCGUCGGCUGCUGCAACGAGCUCAACGCCGGGUACGCCGCCGACGGCUACGCCCGCGCCCGUGGAAUUGGCUCAUGCAUCGUCACUUUCAACGUCGGAGGGUUCAGCAUCAUCAAUGCCAUCGCCGGCGCCUACAGUGAGAGCAUCCCGGUCAUCUGCAUCGUCGGCGGGCCCAACUCCAACAACUACGGCACCAAUCACCGCAUCCUCCAUCACACCAUCGGCCUCUCGGACUUCUCGCAGGAAUUCCAAUGCUUCAAAACUAUUACUUGCUUCCAGGCAGUAGUGAACAACCUCGAGAACGCCCGGGAACUCAUCGACACUGCCAUCUCCGCCGCUCUGAAACAGAGCAAGCCCGUGUACAUCAGCAUCUGUUGCAAUCUGGUUUCCAUUCCUCACGUAACAUUUAGCCGCGAACCGGUUCCCUUCGAGCUCGCUCCGGAGUUAAGCAAUAAGGCGGAGUUAGAAGAUGCGGUGGCGACGGCGACGGAGUUGUUGAACAGGGCAGUGAAACCGGUGAUGGUGGGCGGCCCCAAGUUACGGGAUGCCGGUGCAGUGGACGACUUUGUCGAUUUGGCGGACGCCUCUGGCUUCGCGAUCGCGGUGCUUCCCGCCGCAAAGGGGCUCGUCCCGGAGCACCACCCGCGGUUCAUCGGCACCUACUGGGGAGCGUUGAGCGCCCCUUUCUGCGCGGAGAUCGUGGAGUCCGCCGACGCCUACGUCUUCGUGGGCCCCGUCUUCGACGACAUAACCACGUUCGGCUUUUCCCUCCCCCUCGACAUGAAGAAGAGCGUCGUGGUGGAGCCGGAGCGUGUGGUGGUGGCCGGCGGGACGGUCUUCGUCGGCGUCCGCCUUAAGGACUUCCUGCGAGCGUUGCAGGAGAGGCUGAGGAGGAACACCACGGCCUAUGCCAACUACUGCCGGAUGUUCGUUCCCGUCAGGCAGCCGCCGAACUGCCAGCCCGGGGAGCCGCUGAGACUGAACGUGCUGUUCACCCACAUCCAAAGGCUGCUCUCCGGGGACACCGCCGUCGUCGUCGACACCGGUGACUCCUGGUUCAACUGCCAGAAUCUGAGCCUUCCGCAAGGCUGCAGCUACGCUUCGCAAAUGUCGUACGCAUCCACUGGAUGGUCGGUGGGAGCCACGCUGGGUUACGCGCAGGCCUUGAACGGCAAGAAGCGUGUCAUCGCCUGCGUCGGAGACGGCAGCUUUCAGAUGACUGGGCAAGAGGUGUCGACGAUGCUGCGAUGGGGGCAGAAUAGCAUCAUCUUCCUCAUAAACAACGGCGGCUACUCCACCGAGGUGGAGAUCCACGAUGGACCUUACAACGUCAUUAGGAACUGGAAUUACACUGCCUUUGUGGACGCCAUCCAAAAUGGCGAGGGUAAAUGCUGGACCAUGAAGGUGACGAACGAGGAGGAGCUCAAGAAAGCCAUGGAUGCGACGAUGGGGAAAAUGAAAGAGUGCCUGUGCUUCCUCGAGGUCAUCCUUCACAGGGAUGAUACCAGCAAAGAGCUGCUCCAGCUCGGCUCUAGGCUUGCUUUGGCUAACAGUAGACCCCCCAAAUACCAAUAA